CCACAACAAAGAUGGCGGUCCUGGCUUCGCGCGCAGGCGUGUGGUGUGCGCUGGCGUCUGCGUGCCGCAGACCAGCCUGGGGCGGCUGGUGGUGCGACCAGACUAGCGCAUCUGCGGCUGCUGGACGAGGCCUUCGCUCUACUUAGCCCCCUUGCGUACUGGGCUCUGUGCGGCGGCGGGACUUGCCCUGUAGGAUUCACUUUGCUGUCUGCCACGAAGUACCCUGGGAAGGAGGCCUUGCUUUUGUGCCUCCGUGCAAGCCCCAAGGGCAGGGGCGCUAGUUGGAGAGCCCUCUCUGUGGCCUGCAGCUGGCCCCUGCAGCCCCACCGCCAUGCAGCACAAGAGCACCUUGCUGCUGCGGGCAGUGAAGUGCAGUGGCCCUUGGCUUGCCAGGUGCACACAGAAGCAGCCUUUGAGUCACUGUCACUUCACUGGCCACUCUGCUGGUCGUGGUGUCAGUAGAGUGGCCAUGAAAACACACCACCUAACCCAGUGUCUGCAGAGUAGACCCACGCUGUCAGAGCUAGCGCGGAGCCUCCUGUGCCGGCACUUCUCAGGGAAGGAUUUUCACCCAAGUAAGCCAGGAAACAAAAAAUCCCUUCCAGAAAACAUGGAUUCAUUUGAAAAAGUGAGAGCAAAAUUAGAAACACAGCCACAAGAAGAAUACGAAAUCAUCAAUGCAGAGGUUAAGCAUGGCAGGUUUGUGUACUACCAAGAAGGGUGCUGCUUGGUGCGUUCCAAAGAUGAGGAAGCGGACAGUGACAACUACGAGGUCCUGUUCAACUUGGAGGAGCUCAAGCUGGACCAGCCUUUUGUGGACUGCAUCCGGGUGGCUCCUGACGAGAAGUACGUGGCCGCCAAAGUCAGGACAGAAGAGUCUGAGGCAUCCACCUGCGUGGUCGUGAGGCUCAGUGACCAGCCUGUGAUGGAAGCUUCUUUCCCAAACGUGUCCAGCUUUGAGUGGGUGAAGGAUGAGGAGGGGGAAGACGUGCUCUUCUACACCUUCCAGCGGAACCUCCGCUGCCAUGACGUCUACCGGGCCACUUUCGGGGAAAACAAGCGGAACGAGCGUUUCUACACAGAAAAGGACGCCUGCUUCUUUGUCUACCUAUACCUGACCAAGGACAGCCGCUUCCUGACCAUGAACGUCAUGAGUAAGACCACCUCUGAGGUGUGGCUGAUCGAUGGCCAGAGCCCAUGGGACCCACCCAUGCUCAUCCAGAAGCGCAUCCACGGUGUGCUGUACUUUGUGGAGCACCGUGAUGACGAGCUCUACAUCCUCACCAACGUGGGUGAGCCCACAGAGUUCAAGCUCAUGAGGACAGCGGCCGACAUGCCAGCCAUCAUGAACUGGGACCUGUUCUUCACCAUGAAGCGCAACACGAAGGUCAUUGACAUGGACAUGUUCAAGGACCACUGUGUCCUCUUCCUGAAGCACAGCAACCUGCUCUAUGUCAAUGUCAUCAGCCUGACUGACGACUCUGUGCGCUCACUCAAGCUCCCUCCAUGGGCGUGUGGAUUCAUCAUGGACCCCAACUCGGACCCCAAGAACUGCCCCUUCCAGCUCUGCUCCCCAAUCCGGCCACCCAAGUACUACACUUACAAGUUCGCGGAGGCCAAGCUGUUUGAGGAGACCGGACACGAAGACCCCAUCACCAAGACAGGCCGCGUCCUUCGCCUAGAGGCUAAGAGCAAGGAUGGGAGGGCAGUGCCUAUGACCGUCUUUCACAAAGCGGAUGUGGAGGACCUGACACAGAAGCCGCUAUUGGUACAUGUGUACGGCGCCUAUGGCGUGGACCUGAAGAUGAACUUCCGGCCUGAGCGUCGUGCCAUGGUGGAUGACGGCUGGAUCCUGGCCUACUGCCACGUCCGGGGUGGCGGGGAGCUGGGCCUGAACUGGCACACAGACGGCCGGCUCACCAAGAAGCUCAACGGGCUGUCCGACCUGGAGGCUUGCAUCUCCACACUGCAUGCCCAGGGCUUCUCCCAGCCCAGCCUCACUGCCCUAAGCGCCUUCAGUGCCGGCGGCGUGCUGGCCGGAGCACUCUGCAACUCGCACCCGGAGCUGCUGAGAGCUGUGACCUUGGAGGCACCAUUCGUGGAUGUGCUCAAUACCAUGAUGGACACCACACUGCCCCUGACGCUGGAGGAGCUGGAGGAGUGGGGGAACCCGGCUGAGGACAGCACGCACAGGAACUACAUCAAGCGCUACUGCCCCUUGCAGAACAUCAAGCCUCAGGCCUACCCCUCUGUGCACAUCACGGCGUACGAGAAUGACGAGCGUGUGCCCCUCAGAGGCAUCACAUGUUACACAGAGAAGCUGCGUGAGGCCGUGGCGGAGCAUGCCCGGGGCGCCGGGGAAGGCUACCAACCCCCCACCAUCGUGCUUGACGUGCAGCCAGGGGGCAACCACGUGCUUGAGGACUCCCACAGAAAGAUCACAGCCCAGCUCAAGUUCCUGCAUGAGGAGCUGGGGCUUGACUGUACUGGCGUCUUUGAGAAUCUGAAGAAGUUCCUCAAGCUCUGAAGGCCACACACGGGCUUGUGCCCUGGACGUGCCUCAGUCCCUCCCACCUGUGCCACCCACCACGUGUUCCGUGUCACGAGCUCGCUCUGUUCUCCCCUUGACGCUUGUGCCCCAUCUGAGGACAUGGUGGUCUGCUCCCUCAGGGGCCCUAUGUGGCUAUAGGGCAGAGCCCCCACUGCAUUCUCCCUGCCCCCAUCAUCUGCAGCUGGAAGGCCUCCAGGCCGUCCUUGUCCCAAUAAAGCCAGCCUUCCUCCAA